GUGCAUCGUGACCGAAUUUUUUUUUUUUAAAUUGCUCGAGAGAAAAUGGACGAUGAUCGCAUUAGUGAAUUACCUGACGAUAUCUUGUCUUAUAUCCUCACAAUGUUAUCCAUUAAAGAUUUGUUGAAAACAAGUGUAUUGUCUAAACGGUGGUGCAAGCUUUGGUUUCUAAUGAGAGAUCUCCACUUUGAUAUACACAAUGUGAUUGAAAGCGAGAAGGAACUACUAGAAAAAGGACAUCUCACUGAUGUCACUAGAUAUUCUAGAACUGAUAGAUGUGUCGAUUUGGAUUUGACGCCGAAAGAGUUUGUAAAACGAGUAGAUCAAUUUCUCAACAAUUUUCAUGGCACAUCAAUUGAUUCUUUUUUUGUAAACUUCUAUUUAGAUUGUCAACAAAGCAACACUAUUGAUCGAUGGAUAAAUUUUGCAAUGGUAAGGGGAGUCGAAAGAAUCAAUCUACUCUUUCUUGGGAGGCCAUAUGUACAUCGCACAGCUCAAAACAAACAUUAUAAAUUUGACUCUGCCUUAUUUUCCGAGACUAAUGCUUCAACUCUAAAGCAUUUGCAUCUUGAAUACUGUCUUGUUUGCCAUCCCACCAACGGUAACUUUACUCUGUUCAAAAAUUUGAGAUCUCUUACCCUUAGAUGGACAAAAUUGGAUGAAAUGUUCAUUGAAAGUCUAUUAUCUAAUUGUCGAUACCUUGAAAAGCUUUGCUUAAUUUUCUGUGAGUUCAAAUCAUCAAUGCCGAAGAUAGUAAGUUCAUCCUUAUGUCAUCUUAAGAUUUUUCCGUGCUAUUUAGUAUCCAAAGAAGGCUAUAGGCUGGAUGUAGAUUUGGUUCUAGUCGAUUGCCUUAAACUCAUUUCAUUGGAGUACCAUGGGUAUGGUUUCGACACGUUGAAACUUAAUACUCCAGUUUUGAAGAACAUUAACUUCUCUGUUUCAUUGGAAGAACUCAAUGCAUUUGUUACUCUCUGUGCAACAUUUCCUGAACUUGAGAUUAUGCAUCUGGACAUAUUUUUGAAGGUCACAACUUCUCUAAAAAUAACUCAACAACUCAAACAUCUUAAGCAAUUGAACCUCAUGAUUUGCAAUCCAUUCAUCUUAGAUAAUGAGGAGUGUGAUCCUUUGUGGAUUUUAAACAUCCUUCAAGCUUCUCCUCUUUUACAGAAACUUACUAUCAUGUAUACCAAUUCAAAUUUCAUCACAAAUCAGAAAAAUAUUAGGGAUGUUGAAAUGUUCUCUCAUGACGAGGUAAAAGUUGUUGAAUUGGGAGGUUGUGUUGGCAAUUGGUUUGAAAUUGAGUUUGUCAUGAAUGUUCUAAAAUAUGCUCACAAGCUUGAGCAAAUAGUUGUGAGUCCGUACUGGAGAGAAGAUGAGCCAUCAGAUUGGAGCCAUGAUUCCGUGUGGUUUCAAAGUGGGCGUAAAAGGAUGAGUGAGAAACUCCAAGAAGCAGUAGGACUGGAAAAACUUGUGCUCAUAUAAUACUAUAUAAUUAAUUUUGACCUUUUUUUUUUGUUGUCAAGACUUUUACGUUUUUUUUAUUGCAUUAUUUGCAGAACAAUAGUACUAUUUGGUGCGAACGAUUUCGCCUACGAAAAACACGACGCAUGGUUGAAGAAAUAAAAUUGGAAACUCACGUGCCUAUUAACCUUCUAAA